UUAACAGCAACCUAAAACUGAGUACACACGUGUUCUGAUUCACUCGUUGUUUUUCUUGGACUUUGCAAUGUCAGUUGUGCGGCAAACGUUUUUAAUGGGGGAUGAUGAGCGGAAGUCGUACAAGAGCGUAUUUUCUACUCGAUAUACAACAACCAUGGGGAUUGCAUUUGGGAGACAAACCACUAAAUUUGAUAUUCCAAUUCACGAUACACGGGCCAUGCUGGACAGGAAUGUAAAACGUCACGAAGACGACGUGCGGUUUGUGGGAGAGUUUGAUGACACAGAGGACGCUAGGUUUUUCAAGUAUACGCCGGUGUUUGACGAUCGAGAUGUUUGUCCCAAGGAUCCUAGCUAUACCAAAUUUAAGUGUCCCAUGGAAAUAAACUGCAAGGAGCGCUUGAAGAAAGAUACUGUCAGGUAUAACAACCAGCUGAAGAAUGAAAUCUCAAAACUAAUUGACUACCAAAAGAACGCUCUGGAAGCCGCAUAUUUUGUGAAAGUGAUGUCUUACACUACUCUGUGGCCACCUUAUCAUAGUAAUGUGGAAAUAGCCAAUACUAGCCGCACAUUUUACCGACUGUCAAAGAAGGAACAGGCCCGGUACGACUUUAUUAUGUCACACGAUUUCUCCUGAAAACUGUUAAGAUGAUUAUUUCAUCAGAAAUGCGGUGUUCUGGAGAAAUUGUAUCGAAAUCAUACCGAUCCAAAUUAUUUAUGACAAUAACAUGCGUAGCCGAACUUCAAGAUAAAAUAAAUAACAAAUUUCACA